CGAAGGGAAGCGCAGGAGCGGCGGAGCAGCAGCGGUGACUCCGGUGAACCGACAGGAGGAGACUGCGCUCUGCCUUCCGCGUCCCCUCUCCACACUGUCCCAUUUCCGUCGCUGCCGCCGCCGCUCUGCUUCUCUCCGUCGAGGAAGAUCACAAACAAGGCACAAACAACCACUUCCCCCGGCUCUCACACGACCUGUCCUGUCAACACAGCCGCGUCUCGGAGCGACUCCACCGCCUCAUCCAUGCAUCGGAGUCCCGGGCCCCAGCGCACCGGCUCCAGCCAUGUCAGCCAGGAAUGCAUCGGCUGGUGGCGGUGACAGAGCGGGAGACGGAGAACCGGCAGACGAUCUGCUGCUCGAGGUAAACCAAAGCAGUUCUGUCUCUCUGUCCAGCCUGAUGUCCCCUUCCUCAGCUGCCAGCAUGUCCUUGAGCAUGGAGAUGCCCCGGAAGCGCAAGGGCAGCAUAGACAACCAGGAUUCAAAAUCUGCUUCCAUCCCUGAUGCAGAUAUGGAAGAUGACGAAAACGGGUCAGAUGGAGAGGAGAGAGAUGUUAAAAUGAAAUGUAUCAGGGAACCACACAGCCAAAUUGAGAAGAGGAGACGGGACAAGAUGAACACCCUCAUUGACAAACUAUCAGCCAUGAUCCCGACUUGUAACCCUAUGUCUCGUAAACUGGACAAACUCACUGUGCUUAGAAUGGCUGUGCAGCACCUCAAAUCUCUCAAAGGCUCAGCAAGCGCCUUUUCUGACGCGAACUAUAAGCCAUCAUUCCUUCCUAAUGAGGAGCUCAAACACCUUGUUCUUAAGGCGGCAGAUGGGUUCCUGUUUGUAGUGGGAUGUGAUCGUGGAAAAAUAGUUUUUGUCUCAGAGUCCGUCACGAAGAUAUUAAAUUAUAGUCGGGCGGAGCUGAUUGGACAGAGCCUGUUUGAUUACAUACACCCUAAGGACAUGGGAAAAGUGAAGGAGCAGCUGUCAGCUUCUGAAUUAUACCCUCGUGAACGGCUAAUAGAUGCUAAAACCGGUCUGCAGGUUCAGGCUUACCUCCCAGUUGGCGGAGCACGGUUGUGUUCAGGUGCACGGCGCUCUUUCUUCUGUCGCAUGAAGUACAACAAAGUUUCUGUUAAAGUGGAGGAGAAUGAAUUCCAGGCCAGCUCCUCCAAAAAGAAAGAGUCGCAGAAGUACUGCACAGUUCACUGUACAGGCUACAUGCGCAGCUGGCCCACCAGUCAGCUGGAAGCAGAUGGGGAGGGCGAGGCGGACAAGCAGGACAGCGCCCACUUCAGCUGCCUGGUGGCGGUGGGACGCAUCCACUCUCACUCAUCUCCCCAGGUAAACGGAGAAGUGAAAGUCAAAUCCACGGAGUUCAUCACACGCUACGCCAUGGACGGCAAAUUCACCUUUGUCGAUCAAAGAGCUACAACCAUUCUUGGUUAUCUUCCCCAAGAACUGCUUGGGACAUCAUGCUACGAAUACUUCCACCAAGACGACUUACCACAUUUAGCUGAUAGACAUCGGAAAGUGCUGCGGAGUAAAGAGAAAAUCGACACAAACUGUUAUAAGUUCAAAACAAAAUGUGGCUCUUUUGUCACUCUGCAAAGUCAGUGGUUUAGUUUUGUAAAUCCCUGGACCAAAGAAGUAGAAUACAUAGUGUCAACUAAUACAGUCAUAUCUCAAGCCAGUCGGUCGGGAAACAAGUCUGAACAGUCGAGCCAUUCCAAGACUUCUGACGAAGAUGGCAAGAAGUCCCUUCCAAUUAUACCAGGCAUCUCCGCCACCCCUGGUAGUAUGAUUUAUGCAGGAAGCAUAGGGACACAGAUUGCCAAUGAGCUGCUGGAUUUCAACAGGAUGAACUCAUCCCCUUCCAGUGGUAAUGUCAGCCCCUUCAGUUUACCACAGGAUAAGUCUCCACAAACUCACAAUCAAAUCAGCAACAAUGUGCCAAAUGGAGAGGCAGCAGAUAUGGAGAUAGCAGGAAAGUCCAGCUCAGAGGAUGAGCCCCAGGGAGCCGCAUUCUCAGGAGAAGAGACACUCACGGGGGAGCAUUCUCAGAUGGAUUUGGACAGUGUAGUUGGACCAGGCCUAAGUAAUUUUAGCAAUGAUGAAGCCGCCAUGGCCGUGAUCAUGAGCCUCCUGGAGUCGGACACAAACUUGGGCGAGGCUGUUGAUUUUGAAGAUAUGCGCUGGUCUUUAUAGAAUUUGCUCACAGUGCGACUCUGAGACACACUGACAAACACUUGGACCAUCAGUUUUUUGAUGACAAGAACUGCUCACUUCAUGAUGACGCAUUCGGAUUUUAAAAACUUUUAUUUAUUAGCUACCCUUUUCAACAUAAGCUGUGUAGUCUUCGGGUGGCAUGAUCUACGACAAUAAGGGAUAACUUAUGUCCCCUUUUCGGGCGGAGGAUUCACCCAGCCUUACAGCGCUCCGCCUGCCCUGAAACGCUGUUUCCUUUAUGCUCUCUUCACAUCUACUGUCGUCCUCUGUGAGCUGAGGAGGCCUCACAAGGGUUAAGACCCCAUGAACACAAAUAACAGUGACAAGAUGUGCACCAUGAUGGCUCUGGAUUCCUGCUUGUAUUUCUCUCCACCAACAUGUGAUCAAAGGUUGGGAGUGACAAAGCAAAAAAUGCACUGAAUCAACGUCAUGGUUUUUUUUAAAGUUGUAAUUUGAUUUGGUACUUUAUGUUUAAUUAAAAUGCAAGGAAGACACCUUGACAACAUGGCCCACCUCUGUGACCCCCCCCUCAGGAUCCAAACCGUAGGUAGGCAGUGUACCACGGAAAACCACACUUCCAUAACCUCUGACUUUGAGAGUCACCUAGUGAUGUGCUGCUCAGAGAUUAUCUCUUGUCAGUAUCUGAACAUUUUCCAUGGAAACAACCUCUUUUAUACACUGACUUGAACAAUAAUGUAUAUAUACACAAACACCAUGUCUUCAGUCUGUCUUAAAGGGAUAGUUUGCAUAGGAAGAAUAUUUUCCAUUAGUGUGUCCACUUUUAGACUGCGCUGGAUAUUUUUUUGCUUUUAGCUCCAAGCAUUGAACAUUUUGACAGAAGCCAUCACCUUCAUACGUUUGUUAGAGAUUUGCAGCAGCUGCUGUCGGUUUGAACAAUCAUGUUCCCCUGUGGGUUCAAUAGGAACAUCCCAGUAUUACUUCAUGCAGAGUGAAACAGCAAUUUAGAGGUGUUGAGAAGGAGGUAACCCAUCUCAGACUGAGUCUCAUGGUAGAAGUCAUAACUCAGGGAGCGAUGGAAGUAAAGCCGGCCCAUGUCAUCAUAGAACAGUUCGAUGUAAGUGUAGCAGUGUUUUGUCCUCCAGAUAACGCUUCACAUUCUCUCCUACAUGCUGUACACUGGUAUGUGGGCUCGGAGUUACGAGUCUGUACCUGUUCAUCUGUACGUUUCCUUUUACACUGAUUGUCUGCUCUGUAAUCUGGCAGCUCAGCCAUAGCUUUAGGUGAUUUUUUUGUUCUCAUACAUUAUUAUGCACUGACAGUCUUUCAAAAGACAUGUUUCUGUUUUAUGUGCUCGUCCGUGUGCCCCUCCAUUAAUUUAAGGGAUUAUGCUAUGCAGACCUAUCAUUCCUCAUAUCCUGCAUGACUCAACUUCAGAAGACGUUAAUCGUUCUGAUGACUCAUAUGACAUUUGGUGAGAACGUGAAGAAGUCACUGUCACUUCCUGUACCCAUUGACAUAAUCCAGAGUUCUGUUUGGCCCAUGCUUACGAUUGCACGUCUUAGAUUUUUCAACACUGAUAGUCAUUAUGUUACGAGCUACAUGUUGGUGAACGUUUGGCAGCGAGAUGGAAAAGUUAGAUUUGACUUAAAUGUGUCAAUGUAAUGUCAGUGAAAUUUGAACAUAUUGGUUGUUUAUGCCUUGCCGAUGCCAAAAAGUAAUUUUGAGGCUAAACACCAAGUUGUGAAAUAAAAGUCCACACAUUAUAAAAAAGAAAUUAAGAAGACAAACUACUGAAAUUCAUUCAAAUGAGCUCUUUGGGACAUUAGUUUUUGAAUUGUUGAAAAAAAAGACGUGUGUGUGUGUUACACUUAUCGAAUCGUUUAUUUUAACAGAGUUAACAGAGAGAAAGUGAGAAUCAGAACCUUUGAACUGAUUUCCUUUUUUUUCUCAAACAUGUUUUUGUGUUUAGACUGUAAAUCUGCAUCUUAACCCUUUGUCAAUUGUACCUGAACCAUCAGUCAUCUAAUAGCCGUUGAAUUUCUGUCCACACAUAGAUUAUAUGUAACUGUGCAGCUUGGAUACCAUGCCAUUGUUCUCGUUGGUAACUCUGGACAUUUAUACUCAUCUGCUGAGGAUUUGUCCAAUAAGAAGUCGAGCUUUAGAAAUGUUGGUUGUGAAUCAUGGAGAAAUCUGACUUUUCUCUGCUGCUUGAAAUUACGAGGAGCCGGUGGACGAAGUAGCUGAGCUCACGAGGACCCUCCCGUCUGUGUCCAAAGUGCCUUUGGACAUUUCUGCUUAGUCACACAAUGGACCUGUUGCUUGUGGAGAUUGGCCCCUGCGCAAACUUGAAGGAGGACUGUAAUGACCGUAUGACUGGAUUCACUCGAUGCAACAUAGCGUACUGUGCACAUCAUGAAUGAAGUAGAGACUUAUUCACAGAUGAAAUGGGAGCUGUACAUGUUGGCUUCAACAAUCAAUAACCCUAACCAAACAACUAGAGCUAUGGAGCUGUGCCAUAGACGCAGGCUGUUUUGUUUUUUUAAAGGCAAAAGGUCAAUUUGUCUUAUUUCUUCUCCUCUCGUUCUUGCACUGUAAUUUCCCAGAAGGCUCUCACUUCAGUGUUCUAUCAUGACUGCGUGAUGAACUUUGCAAAGAGGGUCACGCGUUUUUCCUUCUGUCUCCAUUUGAAAUAAAACUCUAUAGACUUUG